AUGCAGAAAUACACGGAUUGCCAGCUCUUGCUUCGAUUGGUCACGAGCAAAGCAGAAGCGAUUCGCAAAGAGUUCGAUGGGCUCCUUGCUUCUUUCGACCAGUGGUUCGCCUCAGCAGUGCAAGAAGCCGAUGCGAAGUUUUCAGAUGAACUCAUGGCUUUAGUCAAGGACUUGGCCUUGAGGUUGGUUUUGGCGGGAGCCGGAAUUGCAGCCGAGAUUCUUUCCACGGCAGAUUCCGAUUUGGAAGCGAACACCCUGAAGAUCAAACAUAUCUGCCGUGCGGAGCUUGAGUUCAUUGCUAAAGAGUCGUACUUCGACCUGAAAGCGACUCCACAAGGAAGUCUUCUGUUUGCACUGAUGAAAUCAUUGUCAAGCGUUUGGCACGGAGAUACACAGCUGAUCGAGUCAGUGAACAGCCAGAUUCGCAUGCUGGGUCAGCGGUGCCCUCGCAUGGACUUGUUGGGCAUGAGCUCUAGAAUCAUUAUCAAGAAAACCAUGUCGCAGGUGGCUGGCAAAACGUCCAAAGGCCGAGCUGUGAAGAAGUGGAGCGACGUUCGACGAGCAGCUGGUCCUUUGCUUCAGGAACUCAACCAGAGUGGUAAUGGGUACAAACUAGUGCUGCAGGACAAGACAAGAUUUGACCCACAUGCCACCAAGGGCAUCGCAUGUAAAGACCUCCACCCAGCUCUUCAGAAUGUGGAUUUGGCAAAAGCCAUUCCAGACAGUAAGACAACGGAUGCCUCAAAAUUUGCUGCCGCUCAAGCACUCAAGUGGAAACGGGUUCGUGAGACCGCAUGCAAGCAGUUUUCCCUGGCGACACAGCAAACGAUGCUGUCGGUUUUAGUUCUGCAAGGCACUUCUCGUGGAUCGCUUUUGAACAAUCGUGAGGAUGAGUCAUGGUCAGAGCUUCCGUUGGCAUCGUACCGUCGGCUGGAUACAUCGUCCGCUUACCUUCAUGUGGCCGCACUUCGUACCAGAUACUUGCUAGUCGAGUUGGUCAUGAGCCCUGACCUCAUCUCAGUUGAUUGA